CGUCAUAUGACUCUCGGGCCCGCCCCGCCCUUCAACCCUGCCACCUCAGCGCGCUCGGCUGGAGGCACGCCUCCACCUUUUGCGAGUUUGCGCGCCCGCCCCUCUCACUUUCUCCUCAGCCGGGAGGGGUGAGCGCCGCCCUCAGACGCGUCACAGGUCUGGAUGACAGGGGCUGUGGGAGGCCGUCCCGCGCACGCGCAAUAGCAGCGCGCUGCCCCCACCCCCUCGGCCCCCGCCCGCCAGACGCCCCCUACUCGAAACAGGCCGCGGAGGACAGCGGAGAGGAGGUGCGCGCGCAGUCCCGCGUGCGGCAGGGUGCGAUGAACUUGCUGCGGCUCGUGUGCCGGCACCGCACGGCGCUAGCGCUGGCCGGCUUGGCGCUGUCCGCAGGCGCGCUGCUCUGGCUGGCCAGGUGCGCGCCCGAGAACCCGGCGAGGGUCGGCCGCGCCGCCGCCGCGGCGCAUGCGCCGGCCGGGGCGGGCGAGCCCGCGGAACGCGCGUUCCUGGCCGUGCUGGUGGUGAGCGCGCCCGCGGGCGUCGAGCGGCGGAGCGCCGUGCGCGACACGUGGUUGGAGAGCUCGGGGCGGCCCGGGCCUCUGGCGGACGUGUGGGCGCGCUUCGUAGUGGGCACUGCCGGGUUAGAGGCGGCCGAUCGGCACGCACUGGAGCGGGAGCAGGCGCGCCACGGCGACUUGCUGCUGCUACCGCAGCUGCGCGACGCCUAUGAGAACCUGACCGCUAAGGUGCUGGCCAUGUUCGCGUGGCUCGACGAGCACGUGGCCUUCGACUUCGUGCUCAAGGCCGACGACGACACGUUCGUGCGCCUGGGCGCCCUGCGCGACGAGCUGCGCGCGCGCUCCCCAGAGCAGCGCAGCCGCCUCUACUGGGGCUUCUUCUCGGGGCGCGGGCGCGUGCAGACGGGCGGGCGCUGGCGCGAGGCCGCCUGGCUACUCUGUGACCACUACCUGCCCUACGCUCUGGGCGGCGGCUACGUACUCUCGGCCGACUUGGUGCGCUUCGUGAGCCGCAACCGCGACGUGCUGCAGCGCUGGCGCAGCGAAGACGUGUCUCUGGGAGCCUGGCUGGCGCCCCUCGACGUACUCCGGGAGCAUGACCCGCGCUUCGACACCGAGUACCGCUCGCGCGGCUGCAGCAACCUUUACCUGGUGACGCACAAACAGAGCCCCGACGACAUGCGCGCCAAGCAGCGCAGCUUGGCCCGCGAUGGCCGCCUGUGCCCGCAGGAGCUGCGCCUGCGCCUUUCCUACAUCUACGACUGGGACGUGCCGCCCUCGCAGUGCUGUCGGCGCCGGGAGGGCAUCCCCUGAGCGCCCCGAAGGGCGCGGGUCCGGAACGGGAGGAGGACCUUGAGCCGCUGCACGGACUCUGAGCCCCCUCGGUGGGCGCGGGGCCGGAGAAGGCUGCGCGGCAGCUGGAGGAGGAUCAGCCCAGCCUAGCUGCAGCACCCACGCUGUACUGCCCUCUCGGCGUGGCCUGGGGGCGGAGCGGCAGCGAGAGGAGGACCCCGAGCCGAGCUGUGUACUGUGGGCCGCCGGCUGGGCCCCUCCCCGCAAUGGGGUGGACGCCUUCCCUACUGUAGCCUCCCGGUGCACCCCAGAGAUACCGUUUCCCCUAGAAAUAGGGGCCUCCCGGGUUCACAUUUCUCCAAACUCCGUUUUUGGGACCAGCUUCACCCCCAAAGCGGGCUGAGACCGACGGAGACGUCGCGUCGGAUGUUUGGACGUGAAACGUAAUUGAUUAUUUGCCAUCUCUUAGGUUUAUUUAUUGAAAGUUGCACACGGUGGUCACUGGACCUCUUGUCCUAAUUCUGAGCCAGGCCAGCCUCCCCAAUCCUGUUACCUAGGAAGGGGGAGACAAAUUUCAAAAUACCAGUAACUAAAGUUGACCUCUGUUUUAGUCAUUUAUGCCAAAGGAAUCAAGACUGUAUAUAUUCUAGGGUGGGACUGAAUAAAUUUUUCUCGUCUCAUUCUAAACAAAACUAAUGCUUGAAGGAAAAAAAAAUAUUUUAAUGGUUGAAAAGGAAAUCACUUUUUGACCCCUUUUACACCGUUGAGGUAAAAAUAUACUUGCCAAGACAAUUGUAACUUUCCUUAAUCUACUCUUUUGCAUCUGACAUUAGCAAAAUUAGUUGUAGUAGGUAAAACUUGUUUGAAUUUUAUUUUGGAGUUAUUAUAUUUAAUGGGCUGCUGGCUGGUAUGUCUCUAGGGGAAGGCAGUACUGUAAAUACAGGUCAGUGUUUAACUGUGAUAUAUUUAUAAAUAUUGUAAAUAUAUAUAGUGAGGAGCUUAAACUGAGUGUGAGGUUCCCAGUAUUUGAGUAGUAGUUAAUGCUUUUAUUCUUCAUCUGUCUUAACAAAACUUCAAAUUCACGGGUGUACAGUUUGUUUUUAGGUUCAGAGUUUUAUAAUCCCAAAUUGUUUCAUGUCCAUUUAAAUUGGCAAGGACAUAGGAACCAUCCAUUUAUCUUAACAGUUUACAUAUAUUGUCUUUUGUUAAAGCCUCUCCUUUUAAGGCUCCCUCGUUGAAGUGAAUAGUUACAACCUCAAACCAGGCAGUGAGAAAGGCUUCUCUCUCGUUAACAUGGGUCUGAGCUUCUUCAAAUCCUGGAAAGACCCCUUUCCCAUGGUGAUACUAUUUCCUUUAAAAAACAAAGAAAAAGGUUCCUAGGAAAUGACCCUGACCAGUAGCCUCCAGUGCCUUUUUCUUUUUCUCUGGUAAAUGAAUUCUAGUCCUUGUAAUUAAAAUAGGGUAAACCUUCAUUUUAUCAACUGAUUACUAAACUUACUUUAAGACUUUUUCCUUUGUGGUUUGUACCUGAGAAGCUAUUAUGCAUUCAUCAUCUUACUAGACUUGUUAAAACACAAGUUUGUCAUUUCAUUUUUAAACAAAUAUUAGGAGUUAUGAGAAUUCUAAAAUAAUUACAGUGUUUCUUGAAAUUUUAAGUUUUAUUUUUCUUUAUGAAAAAAAGAAAAUGGUAUAGGAACUUUAAAACCCCUUUCCCAGGGCAGAGGGAGUGUUUACAUGGAAGAAGCACAAGCACAGACCUGGAGGGCCAGCAGUCUGGAUAACCCUGGGCAAAUGAGUACAUCUCUGUCUCCCUGUGUAUAAAAUGUGUUCCCUAUGUAUAAAAUGAGAGGUGUUGUCUCCAAUGCUCUACAGGACCUGAGCUCCAUAAGUCCAUGGGAUACAUUCAGUGGAAACAUCCAGAAGAAGCAGUCCAUGUCAAAGAAUCAGAAUUAAAAGCUGCUUUCUGCACCAUUCAGUUUCCUCUCUAGAUUGCCCGAUUGUCUUUCUAAGUAGAUUAUAAGGAGACUGCUGAAGACAGUUUCAGCUGCAGUGAAAAUAGAGUUGAAAUGACCAGCUCAUGGUCUGUGACACUGGUCACAGUUGAGACUUUCUUAAGAAAAGGAAUGUGAGCAUCAGUCAACCCAGAUGUAGAUAAAGGCUCAAAGUAAGCCUGAAGGAAUAAAAGGAAAAGCUUUUCUUGUUUAUCUCAUUCACCCUACUCCUGGAGCUAGAGAUGAGGAUUUCUUGUGGUGGUCACAGUUUUGUCUGUCCCAGAGUUCUUGGCUUUACCUAGAACAUACAGCUCUAGAAUCAUAUCUAGAAUAUGGAGAGAUUAAGGAUUGUGCCCAGGUUCCCAAAGCCAGGGGGUUUCACAGUUAAGACUCAGAUCCAGGCCUUGGUUCCAAGGCCUUUUCUGUCCAUUUUGGCCUUUUGCUUUUCAAAUCUCUGAAUGAAGUCUAAGAAAAUUUUUUUGUUUUAUAUAUAUUUUGUUUGUUUUGUAGCAGAAGCCUUUUUAAGUUCUAGUAACAUAUUUGAUAAGUUGUGGACAUCAGGAACAUUAUUCCAUUUAUAUUUUGUUUUGUUUAGAAAGAUGAUGCUUUAAGGGCAGCUAGGGGGCACAGUGGAUAGAGCACAAGCCCUGAAAUCAGGAGGACCUGAGUUCAAAUUUGGCCUUGGACACUUAACACUUCCUGGUUGUGUGACCCUGGGCAAGUCACUUAACCCAGCAAAAAAGAAAGAAAGAAAGAUGCUGUUUUAAAAUAAAGUAUCCAUUAUCAAUGAUCCUUAGUUCUAAGUCAAAACUUACAAAUCAGUGCCUCUCUAUUUUAAUAGCUUUCAGUGACUUGCUUAGUGUGCAUAAAUGAUCAGACUCCAUCUGUCACACCUGGUAGACCCCCCCCUUCUCUUUUCUCCCCAUCUUGACUUACAGAAAAGGUUUGGAAAGUGAGGACGGUGCCUUAAGUAACAGUUGUGUAUAACCCUACAGUGACAUACUUUGACUUAGAGCCAUAUUUCAACCUAUGAGACAGGUCCUUCAUUCAGCCACGUUUUAGGUCUCCUCUCUUACUAGGAAGCUGCUUUGUUAUGUGCUCUCUCUCUUUAUAAAUGAGCACAUUGGGAGAAGUAAGGUUACUUGCCUGGGAUCAUCCUCCAAAAUUAGUGUCAAAAGUAGGAUUUGAACUCGGGUGAGCCCUUCCUUUGGGCUACCUAGUCACCUCUUAGUUUGAUUUUAAAUGACUUUUUCUAUCUAGAGAAUUUGCAUUAUAGACCUGUUCAAAUUUUGCCUUUGGCCAGUUGUAUCAGCCCCUUCACUAUCCCCCUUACAUUGGAACAUUUAUUGAACUAUACAAACUGGAAAGUUGGGCAUUUGGGAUGGCUCAUUUGAUAAAGGGGCUAAGGGAAAGAAAUGAUCAUUUAUACAGCACCUAUUUUGGAUUUACAAAUAUCAUUUGGUCUCAACAACCCUAGAAGGGAGGUGCUGUUAAUAUCCCCAUUAUAGCUAGAAUAAACUGAGGCAGAUGAAUGAUUGCAGCUUGUGUCUGAAUGCAGAUUUGUACUGACAGCUUGACUCCAAGCCUAACGCUGCCACCUAGCUGCAGGGAUGAGCUACGUAUCUGCCUUACCUGGCCAACCUUGUUAUGUUGACUGGCCAGGUGCAAGCAGUUCUUCAGCAGUUCACUGUAUGAGGACACUGGGAUGGAGAAUCCUGGAGCUUUAAGGGCAAAAACUGAAAGGAACACCUGCCCUCAAGGGGCAGACAUUCUACUAAAGGUAGGCUGUAGUAUUCAGGUAAAUACAAAGUAAUUUCAGAAUUUAGCAAGUGAUAAAUAAGGAUUAGGCCCAUUCACCAUAUAUCCCCAACCCACCCCACCCCACCCCCCAAAAAACAAAACUAAUUCAGGAAGAUAUGUUAGGAUUCCUAUAGAAAGUGACCAACUCCUAGAGAGAGUGGUUCCUAGAGAUUUCCCCUAAAUCUAGAUCCGAGAUUUCCCCUAAAGGGAAUCAGCAUCCUGGGGGAGGAGUUGCAAGAUGUAACUGCCAAUAUGGCGGAAGAGGAUUGUGGUUGUUAAUGCAAAGUCCAAGAUUUGGAGGCCCUUUCCAAGUUGAGGGGAAGGGGGUGACUCAGCUGCACAGGUCUGUGUGUGACAUUUAUAUCAAGUCUGUAAAUACACCAUAUUUAUGGUCUUUCAGGGGUGGAACCCAGACAUAAAGCCUACGUUUAGCUGGCUAAUGAAACCUGGCUGCUCUUCAUUUCCUAAUUUAGCCCCUAAUUGUGGCUAUUCCAACCCAAAUAUGGGGCUCGAUUUUUAUAGCAGCAGAGAUGCUGCACAAACAAAAAGAAGGUUUUUUUUUUUUUUUUUUUUUAAGGCAUAGCUUGGGGAUUUAAAGAGCCCCAUUAGUGCUGUCUCCCUGUAACUGCAUGUCAGGGGGCUGAUUUCCAGAGACUGCCAUGGAAGCGGGGUGCAAUCAUUGGAAAAGGCGACAUCAUUCAGUUCAGCAGGUAUUAAUGCCAAGCACUGUGCUGGGGCUACAAAAAGGAUCUGCCCUCAAGGAACCCUAAGAAGCACAAAUGGGUAAAGAAAGAAGUGUUGGCUCGUGACAGGAAAAGGAAAGGCUCUCGUGGAAAGACACAUGGGGUGUGUAAGAGGAAGCAAGGAAGAGCCCUCCUGAAAAGAGGAGCCAUGUUGUGAAAGACUGUAAUUAGAGGGGAUUUUAUUCUAUCCAUCGGCAGGAAGGAGCCCCUACAAGUCUGUCAGGGAAAGAGCCUUAGGAAUAUUAAUUGGAAUAAUCUUUUGUAAGUGCUGGUCCUGCCUCUCCUUAUUUGCUAAGAGCCAAUUGUCAUAAUAAGUGCUUGUUGGAUUGAACUGGAUUGAGCAAAA